AUGGUGCUACUGGUGCGACCGUCUGGAGAUGCUGCUGCUGCUGCUGCUGCUGCUGCUGCCGAUGACGCUGCUACCGAUGACGCUGCUAAUAUCGUUGCGGCUCCUGCUGCUGUUGCUGGCGCACCCCCCGACCUGCCGCUAACCAUUCCAGCUGUAUCAGAGUACAAUAAAUUGGACUCGUCCGAGUCAGGAGGAAAUGGAGUGUCGCUGACUGUGAGCAAUGCCUCGAGUAUUUUAGAUGAUUGCCAUUUGGGUGACUCGAUUGCAGUUAAUGGCGUUUGUUUGACAGUGACGGAGUUUAAUAAGGACGAGUUUAAGAUCGGAAUUGCUCCUGAGACGUUGCGAAGAAGUAAUUUAGGCGGGUUGAAGACCGGCGACCAGGUUAAUUUAGAACGUGCUGUGGCUGGCCAUGUGCGGUUUGGUGGGCAUUUUGUGCAAGGACAUGUGGACACAGUUGGCGAGAUUGUCAGUAUUGUUCCUGACGACAAUGCUUUGACGUUUACUUUUAGACCCCGAGAUCUGGAUGUGCUGAAAUAUGUUGUCGAGAAGGGGUUUAUUGCGCUUGACGGUACUUCGUUGACGGUGACGGCUGUUGACGAUGUUAAAGGUACCUUCUCGGUCAUGCUGAUUGCGUAUACACAGAGUAAAGUGAUUAUUGCCAAGAAAAAGGUCGGCGAGCUCGUGAACAUCGAGGUCGAUUUCAUGGGCAAGCUGAUCGAGAAACAGGUGUCGUCGCUCGUCGAAAAACAAACUAACACCCACCUCGAGGCCCUCGUCGAGAAAAUCGUCGCCGCGAAGCUACAGAAGCUCUCGAACUAA